AUGGAGACGUGGCCGUUGAUGAGGACGUGCUGGCUCCUCACCCUCUUCUCAGAGCUCUCAGGGAGGGGCUUCCAGAAUUCAGAGUCGAGGCCUAGGUCUGAGGCAGGAGCCUCUAAGUUCCCACAGCAGGGGAGGUGCAGAGGGGACCCCUCAGCACCCAAGUCCGACGCAGCGCACUGUCAGCUCCAAGACUUCAGGCCUCUGCUGCAUGGGCUGCACCCUGAGGAGCCAUCCCAACUCUUUCUUCAGGUUCAGCCCGACACAAACACCAUGCCCCUGGGUCAGAGGAGUGAGGUCUGGAAGCUGGAGGAAGACCCAGGCCUGGCCCAGGGCCUAGUGGAGGCACAGCUGUUGGGGGCUGUGGAGGAGAAGGUUCCCCGCACCCCCUCCUCCUUCUCCACCUUGGCCUCCUCCCAGUCCGCCGCCCCAUCGGGCCCCUGCUCUGCACUCUUUCUGGUCCCCUCGGAGAGGGGGUCUGCUGCUGGGUUCCAGAGUCGUCCCCAGAGCUCUCUGAGUGCCAGCCCCUCCCCCACUGCUCGGGCAGCCACUGCCUGCAGCCAGCCUGACCAGGGCUCCAGCAGCUCCGAUGAGGAGGGGUCCAGCCCCUGCGAGGAGCUUAAGGAAGCCCAGCCGGGGCUCCAAAACAUAAUCCAGGGGAAGCUGGCCGAGCUGGUGGAGUUCCUGCUCCUCAAGUAUCACAUCAAGGAGCCGACCAGCCAGGCAGAGAUGCUGGAGAUCGUCGGCCAGGAUGCCCUGGAUGCCUUCCCAGUGAUCUUGGGCCAGGCCUCUGAGUGCUUGCAACUGGUCUUUGGUAUGGAUAUGAGGGAAGUGGACCCCAGCGGCCACUCUUACAUCCUGGUCCCCAUCCUGGGCCUCACCUAUGAUGGGAUGAUGAGCGGUGAGCAGGGAGUGCCCAAGACCGGCCUCCUGGGGGUGAGCCUCCUGCAUGGUGACCGUGUCCCUGAGGAGGUGGUGUGGGAAAUGCUGGGUGUCAUGGGGGUGUAUGCCGGCCAGGAGCACGUCAUCUACGGGGAGCCUAGGGAGUUCUUCACCAAGGUUUUGGUGCAGGAAGUGUACGUGGAGUACCGGCAG